ACAGUCAGCGUAGGUAGAUCACCGGACAAACACUGCAGCUUCAAGUCAGAGCGGAGGGAAGGAGUGAGAAACGGAUAGAGAGGUUCACACGUGAGAACGAGAGAAGCGGAGUACAGCGGGAGAGGGUUUUGAUUGUUUGGGCAACAGGAGAUUUUGAUAGCCAGGAAGAGGGCAGCCAAGCCUGAGGAGAUGCCAAGUGAUGGAGCUUGAAGCAGCCGCCAGGCGGGCACACUUAGUCAGAAUGGAUGACCAGGACAGAGUAAGCCAAACGUCCAGCGUGGCCACCAUUUCCUACUUUCCUGUCAAGGAAGAUGGAAGGGUGCAAACGUUUGGGAAAAGAUGUCAGGCUGCCAAGAGAGACCCCAACUGUCCUGUAGUCAUCAGAGGAUGGCUCAACAAAAAAGACAGCGCUGGGUUGAAGUUAUGGAAGAGAAGGUGGUUCGUCCUCUCCAACUACUGUGUGUUUUACUAUAAAGACAGUAGAGAAGAAUCUGUGCUGGGCAGCAUCCCACUCCCGAGCUACAAAAUCCUGUUCUGCACACCACGAGAAUGCAAGAACAGAAAGUUCACCUUCAAGGUGGUGCACCAGGGAAUGCGCUCUUAUUUCUUCAGCGCCGACACUCAGGAGGACAUGUUGGGAUGGGUCCGAGCCCUCAGUCAGUCUGCUGCAAUGGAGCCAAACAGCUCCCUGAACAGGCGUUGCUCAAGUUAUCAGGAUUUCACACAGAUAGGUGGCAGCAGUGAAUCAGUGGACUUCCCUAAACCCCCGUCUGAUGGAGAGGAUCCCUCCCAAAGACACAGGAACGUCAGCAGGACUGUGAGCGAACCGAGUCAUCUCACUAGCGGGAGGAUGGGGACAUCGCGCUCGGAGCAGAGGGGGAGGCGGAGCGUGCAUCAGAGACACAGCAGAACACCCAGCCCUCCUGAUUUAAGCAGAAGAAGAGCUUGUGGUCCGUACCAAGAGGAAGACUCGCUUCCCGGCCAAAACACACCACCCAUGCAGACAGACAUCAUGGGAACAGGUUCUUUGACCUCAAGAGGUCAACUGGGUUCACGACCUCACACACCAGUGGGAAGGGUUGACAUUCGACCUCACGAUGACUCGGGCAUGGCGCCGCAAACUCUGUACUACGCACCUGCCUCCCCUAAGCUUCAAGAGUUCAAAUCCACUCCCAACACUCCGGUCACGGAGAGGUGGCAAAACCUAUGCAAGCCUACACCUACCUACGGGUCUGUCCAUCACAUCGCGAGUGGGAGACGACCUUUAGGAAAGAGCUACUCCACAGGGGCACAUGCAGACUUACUGCCCCCGUUGCCCCCCUCAACGAGAGGCGCACACGCUCCCCACCACCCACACCACCACCACCACCACCAUCAUCACCAUCACCGCAGCAAUUUGUCUGUUUGUGUGCUACCGCCAGCUAUGGGCCCGAAGCCUGACCCGAGGGAAAUUCCACCAAUCAGGCCUCUUGAAAGUGAUGCAGACGUUGUGUUGACGAGGUUAUGUGGGUGUGACAAGCUGCUCCAGUCUCUGUCUAUAGAACUGGCUCAGCUACAAAUGGAUAAGGACAGCGUUCAGUGUGCGUUAGAGGUGUCCAGACUGCAGCUGGAGGAGUGGAAAAGCCAGGGACCCAGGGCCCAGGAAGAAGCACUGACCCAGAAGGCUUUGCUCCAGGAAGAGCUGGUCACAAUCCGGGCCAGAAUGUGUGACGUAUCGUUGGAAAUGGAGAGGGUGUGGAGUCAAUAUGAGAGAAUGGAGAGUGAACUGUCGGUUAUCCGUUCACACCUUCAGCACAUCUGUAACUUUGGAGUGCCGCAGGACCAGUCUCAGGCCCAGAGAGAGCUGUGGAUGAUGGAGGACAUUCUGGCUGGACUAAAGAUCAACAGGGAUCACUUCCGCUUCCUGCUGGGUCUACAGAGGCACCACAUGUUCCAGCCGACGUCUCCACAUCCUGGAUCCCCUGGCUCUCCCACAGAGAGGCUGCAGAGUGGACUGCCAAUGGAUGUGGAACAAGAGCCACCACUACGCCCGCCGUUACCCCAGGAACUACAGGAUCAAGGCCAUGGCUGGACAGAGUCCCCAUAUGAGGGAAUCUACAGUCACACUGUUGAUCCUGUACAGAGAAGAGGAAACAGCCAGCCUGACCUCCUUAAUGUGAAAGCACAGAAAGACACAUGCGAAUCUGGUUCAAAGUGGAUCCCACCAGAUACAACGAACCAAUCAAUCAAGAAGAUGAAGAUGACUGAAGAAGAGCAGCUUGAGCGGAUAAAAAGGAAUCAGGAGAGGUUGACUAAUAGGAAGAAACCGCCCAUACCCACUCCAGGUCAAAGUUCAGAGACAAGAGAGGAGGCCCCCUUUCCUCUAAGGGUGACACGAGUUGUUACAGCUGUGCUGCCGUCCUCUCUUGUGGCCAGGCGGGUUUCUGUUGAGGAUCCCCCACCUGAGCUCAACAACCCACUGCCCGAGCAGAUCCCGCUUGAGAUGCAGCAAAGGUUGGUCGAGCAGAGCAAAAAAAUGUUGAACAAGCUGCCCAGGCGUCUGGUGCUGGAGGGUCCUGAUCAAAACUGGUCCUCGGCAGAGAUGCACCAAGAUCAACCCCUUAAAAAGACAAGCAGGCAGCAGCAGCAGCAUCAGGGAGUAUUGAGGUCCUCCAAGAAGGAGUCACGUUCAGAGGCCAGCAGAGCAGCCGAGCCCACAGAGGCCUUGAGGAGUCAAGUUCGAGACCAGGCGGGUGUGGGGAAUGGAAGUGAGAGCUUGGACGUCAGGAUGGAUGAACGGCCUUCUGCCCUCCUGACCUCUGACAUGGACCCUGAACUCUGUCUGACCACUGAGCAGCGAGAGGCCAAACUUCGUCGUGUUGAACGGAUACGUGAAAGAGUCAUAAGAAGCGCAGUCAGACUAAAUGCUACUACACACGAUCAACUGCCCAUCAGGGGGGAGGGGCAGGAAGUUCAUCAGGUGCCCCCUGACACAGCUAGAAAACAAAGGCUGAAAUCAGACCAUAGAUUCUACGAUGGCUUUGGGAGCUGUGAUCACAUCAGAGGUCCUGCAGAACUUCAGCUUUCUAGUGGAACAUCUCAGGAUGAAGAUGAAAGAGACGGACAUGUGAAAAAAUCUAAAUGUCAAGUGAAAUUUGGGAACAAAACACAACAGAAAGAUCCCAGUGGCAGAACAGGGGUUGCCAAAACAAAAAUAAAACGUCCAGCUUCACCCUAUCACAUCUCCUCUAUGACCGUCUACCAGAAGGAGGGAGCCAAGGGAUUUACUAGUUGCAAGGAUGGAGAGGAGCAGAAGCUUGAAGAACCUGCCGCUGAUGAUAAUGAAAGUGAUUUUUCAUCCUCCGAUCUGAGAGCCAAGUGGUUCCUCUCCACCAACCAGUGGCAAGGGUUCAUACCUCUGCAGGUCCCUGGCGUAGACUCGUGCAACGAGGAGAUAUCGGACAUCGAGAACCAACCAGCGGGCAGUGACGACGCAAUCGAUUCCAAUGAAAUGUCAUCCGCAGUCAGCGAAAGCUUAGAGAAAAUGAAAGAGAACCAUUCACUCUUCUACAAGAUCGCAUGUGACAUUAGUAUCUCCGACACAGAUAUUGCAAAGAACGAUGGCGGGAAUUCAAACGCCCAAACGUCAUCCAGGCCAGAAGAAGAAGAAGAAGAACUGAUGAUCACUGAAUCUGUGCCGGAUGAAACAACCCAUAAUGUUGGGAGAUUUUCUAUCCGACGGAGCAAGGAUCCCAGCUUACAUUCUCCUUCAGAUGUUAAUGAAAAUAGUCUCUCAAUUAAUAAUGAACUCCAAGAUUCAACCCAGGACAAAGCAGCGUGUGAAGACACAUCAAGGCGAGACAGCCAGUUGGAAGUUAGAGAAACUGUCCGUGGAGCUCCUUCAGAUCAGGCCCCGGAUGAUGAACAUGCAAAGACGAGAGAAGAACAAAGUGGGGCGAAAGAGUCCAAAGACGGGAAGGUGGACCAAGAGAGAGAUGAAGAGCCGAGGAAAGGUCGUAGUUUAAGUGAGGAGAACGCUCCAUCCAGCUCCGUGUACGAGGGCGGGAGUGUGAUUCGGAGCGCCUCUUUCGGGAAGGCACGGGUAACAGUAUUGAGGACAAGUUUGUAGAGGCAAGAAGAGCGAAGGCUUAAAGGAGCUCAAAUGAACGAACUUGGGAAGGACAAGAACACAGCUAAGUGAUUUAUGGUGAAGGAAAACAACUGAAGAAGAGGACUUUGAGUGAUUGAAGUAAUUUUUUGGACCUAACUUUUGGAUUAGAAAUGGUACAAUGGGAACAUAGAAUGUCAGAAAUAGUCACAAUCUUUGGUUAACUUGAACAUUUCCAUUAUUCAUAACGUGGUUUGAAAUGGAUGCAAAUAAAUAAAAUAGUCUUACAAUAUUUCAUGGAAACAAAAAAUGCAAAUCUAGUAUUGUUCUUGCAGUUGAUGGGAAACACCAAAUACCUUAUGUAUAGUCGAAUACAUGCCCAGUAUUUGAGGGUUAACUCUUUCAUUCCUCUCAAAACAUGCAUCUAACAUGACAGAAAUUAAGAGAUGAUCGCUGCUCGUGGAUGGCAACAUAACCCUGUUAUUGCCCCUGUAACACAAUGUGUUUUGCAUCUCAAAUAUCCUGAUUAAUAAACAUGUUGUGUGCUACAUCGAGACACCGACUCGCUCA